AUGGUUUAUGGACGCAGCAUCGCUAUCGGUGGCUGCCUGCUGCUUUUGGUCAUUACACUCUCGGCAAUAAUUUUCUAUUUAAGUUUAGGACCCUGUCCACAGGGCACCUUCGCUUGCGAUGAUAGCACGUUGUGCGUGCCACAGCGCCAAAUUUGCGACAAUCGCACAGAUUGCGAGGAUGGCAGCGACGAACACCCGGUCGAGUGUGGCCUACUUUAUGGCAGUAAGGCACUGACCGAUAAAAUUGUCGGCAAUGCAAUUGAACGACGCCGACAACAACAGUUACAACAGCAGCAGCAGCAAUAUAGAGAGCCAUUUCUUGAUGGACGCAACAAAGGCAGAGACAGGGACAGGGACGAGUUGAUAAAUGUGACGAGCAUGGGAGUUACGCCAGAGGAGGAAGAUCCUCCUAUUGACAGCGUAAAUGGUGGACGUCGAACGCAAGUCGCCGCAAGUAGUGGCGCAAGCGAAAUUACAACAUAUCCUAAAGGUGUCUGCACCUGUCGGCAGCGCACAAUACUGUAUUGCGGUAGGAAGGCGAAAUUGACGCGAAUACCACGCUUAAGUGCCGAGGUGACGUAUUUAAUGAUUGGACGCAGUAAUUUGACGCUGCGCGAGAAUUGCUUCUUUGAACUGAAACGCUUGCUGAAGCUCUCACUGAAGCAUUGCAACAUAUCGCAUGUGCCACUGGGCACAUUUAAUGGCCUACACCAGCUGGAGAAAUUGGAUGUACGGCAUAACAAUAUCAGCGCGCUGCCAGUCGGCAUAUUUCGUGGCAUGAAUUUUUUGGUGUGGCUCUUUCUCAUUUCGAAUCAACUGCGUCAGUUGCCGUUGACGCAAUUUGCGGACAUGCCACGCCUCGAAUGGUUGAUGCUGAGUGAUAAUUUGCUCACACUGCGAAACGAAAAAUUUCCGCACAUGCAGCGUCUCUAUGAAAUCUAUUUGGACUCAAAUCGCAUUGAAUUUAUUGCAGAGGAUACCUUUGCUUAUUUGACGAAUUUGAAUUUGCUGGAUCUCAAUGACAAUCGCAUUACACACAUACAUCCGCGAGCAUUUUGGGGUUUGAAUGACAUCAGAGAUAUUCGACUUAUUGGCAAUCCGCUAAAAGAGCUCUCUGGUGAAGUCUUUCUGCGAAGUAGUUGCUUGGAAGCGCUUUCCCUUAGUCACACUCCACUACACAUCGGCCAUCAGCUACUACGAUCUUUAAAUGUUUCCUAUCUUAACUUGACGGGAAUUAAUUUCGAGCAGAUCGAAUUUGAUGCCAUCAGUCAGAUACCCAAUCUGAAAUACAUCGUGUUUGAUCGUUUUUACUUCUGCUCGAUGACUCCUCAAGUUCGUAUGUGCAAGCCGAAUAGUGAUGGGAUUUCAUCAUUUCGCGAUCUACUAAGCAAACCAGUGCUACGCUACUCAGCAUGGAUAAUGGCUUUUGUGACGGUAAUCGGAAAUGUGAUGGUACUUUGGGGACGUUUUAUCUAUCGAGCCGAGAAUGCUGGCGUGACUAUGGUUAUACGCAACUUGGCACUGGCUGAUAUAUUAAUGGGCUUCUAUUUGAUAACAAUUGGUGUGCAGGAUUACCGUUAUCGGAACGAGUAUUAUAAAGUCGCGCUCGAUUGGAUCACCUCCUGGCAGUGUACUGCCAUCGGCUCCCUGGCCGUCACUUCAUCCGAGGUUUCUAUGCUAAUACUCGCUUUCAUGUCAUUCGAACGCUUUCUACUUAUCGCCGAUCCGUUUCGUGGUCAACACAGCAUCGAUAUUAAAAACAUUUUUACUGCCCUACUGGUCAUUUGGUUGAUGGGCAUGGGUAUUGCUGUUGCGCCCGUUGCGCUUUGGCACUCUAGCACCAAAUUCUACGGCACCUACUCGGGCACUUGCUUUCCCCUCCACAUACAAGAACCAUAUCCACUUGGUUGGCAAUAUUCGGCAUUUAUAUUCUUGGGCGUGAACUUAUUCUUACUAGUGAUGAUUGCCCUACUCUACACCGCUUUGCUCAUCUCAAUUUGGCGUACGCGUAAAGCUACACCACUUUCCCUGCUCGACUGUGAGUUUGCGGUGCGCUUCUUCUUCAUUGUGCUGACAGAUGUGUUGUGUUGGGCGCCCAUUAUUGCUGUGAAGAUUUGGGUUUUCUUCAACUACAACAUUUCGGACGAUAUCUAUGCCUGGCUGGUAGUCUUUAUUUUACCACUGAAUUCCGCUGUCAAUCCGCUGCUCUACACAUUCACCACGCCAAAAUAUCGCAAUCAAAUACUGCUACGCGGUUGGAAAAAAAUUACAUCGCGACGUCGGGCUGAGCCCUCCAACGGUCUAGCGACGACGAUUGCAACCGCUACGGCAUCAUCAAAUCCGGAUGAUUCUUCGGGGAAAGCCAUACCGCUGACAGUGAAUCACUGAGUGCACCUACUUUCCGCCCCCCUAUCUAAAUUCAUGCAUGGAUAUACAUAUAUGGUAUUUCGACACCACUAAGUGGUUGAGCGGGUAUUCCCACAUAAAUUAUCGAGUGCAUACAUAAGUAAUAUAAGUCUAUACGUACAUUCUUAGAUUUAUGAAUAAGUACACAUACAUAUACAGCCUUAAGUGCAACAAUAUGUAUCUACACAGCUACAGAUAUGUACAAUGUUUGCUACCUCAAAAUGUCGAGUACAACAACAACA